AUGAAACCCUCCGGUCAUAUUGAUAAAGUGAUGCACAGAAUUGGUGGAGAAGAAGUUCUAAAGCAUCGAUUGCGGUUGAAAACAACAAUUAUGGUUGUCAAACAGUUGGCUUUACAAGGAAGUUCUUUUAGAGGGCAUGAUGAAUCUGAUGAUUCUUUGAAUCCGGGGAAUGUUCUAGCUUGGAUUGGUUUUGCAGCGAAGUUGAAUGAUCAAAUCAAUAGUGUACUUCUUCGUAAUGCACCAGGAAAUGCGAAAUACACUUCACCAAGCAUUCAGAAGGAGAUAUUGGGAAUCAUAGCAAAUAGAGUGCGUUGUAAGAUACGCGAGGAGAUUGGAGAUUCUUGUUUCUCUAUUCUUGUUGAUGAAGCAGUUGAUGAAGCAGGAAGGGAACAGAUGUCUAUUAUUUUGAGAUUACAAUUGGCAUUGAUUACUUCUGCAAAGCUACAGUUGGAUUUGUUUUCAUGGCAAAAGUUAAACUUCAAAAACUACGGGAUGAAGGAUGGGACAAGCUACUCCAAGAGGUAA